AUGCAUCUGAUUUAUUCUACUAUCUCAGAAAAACCAAGAGCCAAACUGACAGCAAAGGAAACAAUCAUACCAGCAGGGGGCAGUAUAACACUGACCUGCUCUGUGCCCAGCUCUGCUGGAUGGAAGUUUGACUGGUUCAGACCGUCAUGGCAUCAUGCAGCUCAGUCCAACAGAAAAAAUGAGGCAGAUGGAGUCCUCAGAGUCUCAGAGGGAGGUAUAUACAGCUGCAGAGGAGGAAGAGGAGAUCCAGUUUUCUACACUGAAAGCAGCAAUGAAGUCUAUGUAAGGAAAACUGGUGACCUUCUCCCUGUCCUCUCUGUGUCUCCAUCAUGGCUGAGUCCUGGAGCCUCAGUGACUCUGAGCUGUGAGGUUGAACCUCAGUCUGCAGGAUGGAGGUUCUUCUGGUAUAAAGCUGUUCCUGAUGUACCAUCCAGAUCCUACAGCUUUAAGCUGCUGCCUGACAUCACCAACAGAACUGAACUGAACUCCUCCAUCCUUCAUGGACAAAAUCACACAGCAGGAUAUGUGUGCGGAGCAGGAAGAGAAGAUCCAGCAGAUUUCACUGCUUACAGUGAAUUAAAGUUUGUCUGGUCUGCAGAUCCUCAUCCAGCAGCGUCUCUCUCAGUGAGUCCUGACAGAGUUCAACACUUCAACUCUGACUCUGUGUCUCUGAGCUGUGAGGGAAACUCUGCUGAAUGGAUAGUGAAGUGGAUUACAGAAGCAGGUUCACUGUUUGACUGCUCCCUCUGGGACAUCAUGAACAGAUCUACAUGUAGCAUCAGUUUACACUCGUAUCAUAGUGGAGUGUACUGGUGUGAGUCUGGAUCAGGACACUUCAGCAACACUGUAAACAUCACUGUACAGAAAGAUAUUAAUGGUAUUAUCCUGGUGAGCCCCGUCCAUCCUGUGACUGAGGGAGAUCCUGUUACUCUGAGCUGCAGAGAUAAAGAACAAAAACUUCUCUCCAAUGUGUUUUUCUAUCACAAUAACAAACUGAUCCACAAUGACGGCAGAGAGGAGCUGAACAUCUCUGCAGUGUCAAAGUCAGAUGAAGGUUUCUACAAGUGUGAACAUUCAGGAAAGAAGUCACCACAGAGCUGGAUGGCUGUUAGAGUUCCUCUCACCAGUCCUGUCAGCUCUUCACUUCCUGUGCUGCUGAUUGUUGGACCAGUUAUUGGACUCAUUCUCAUUAUUCUCCUGAUCUUGUGUUGCUGCAGAUGGUCUAAGGGUGAUGCUCAUAUCUAUGAUAUAAUCAGCUCUGCUGAAGCUGCUGGAAAUGCAGGAGAAGAACUCAGAGAUCAUACAUACUCUCUCAUUGAAAUAAAAUCCUCUAAGAAAGAGAGUAGACAUCAUAGGCCACCAGAGGAGGGCGCCGUUUACUCUGAAGGGAAAACAGGAGCUGCAGGAAAGUCAAGUCCAGCAGCAGAGGAUGCAGUAGUUUAUUCUGAGAUCAGAUCAGUACCAGCUCUGCAGGACAAUGCUGACAUGUAGGCCGGAGGCUCUGAUAUAUAUUUUUCCUCUAAUAUGCCAUCCAUCCAUCUUCUUUCGCUUAUCCGGGGUCGGGUCACGGGGGUAGCAGCUUCAGUAGGGAGACACAGACAUCCCUCUGCCCAUCCAUUUUGGUGAGCUCCUCUGGGGGAAUCCCAAGGCCCUCCCAGGCCAGCCGAGAAAAAUAGUCCCUCCAGCGUGUCCUGGGUCUCCCCCUGGGCCUUCUGCCGAUGGGACGUGCCUGGAACACCUUACCAGGGAGACAUCCAGGAUGCCUCCUAACCACAUGCCCGAGCCACCUCAACUGGCUCCUCUUGAUGUGGAGGAGCGGCGGCUCUACUCUGAGUCCCCCCCGGACGGUUUAACUCCUCACCCUCUCUCUAAGGGAGAGCCAGGACACACUACAAAGAAAACUAAUUUCAGCCACUUGUAUCCGGGAUCUCAUUCUUUCGGUCAUGACCCAAAGCUCAUGACCAUAGAUGAGGGUAGGAACGUAGAUCGACUGCUAAAUCAAGAGCUUUGCUUUUUGGCUCAGCUCUCUCUUCACCACAACAGACCGGUACAGGGGCCCCCUUCAAAGCAGAUGUCGCACCAAUCCGCCUGUCGAUCUCCCGCUCCAUCUUCCCCUCAUUCGUGAACAAGACCCCAAGAUACUUAAACUCCUCAACUAGGGGCUGUACAUCCUCCCCAACCCGGAGA